UAAUUGGGAUUUUUGAUAGGGUUUUCGCAAUGUAGCGACAAUGGAGAAUCUCCCAGACGUUCUUUUAUCAAACAUAUUCAUCCGGUUACUCGCGAAACAGCUUGCUCAGAUGAGGUGCGUUUCUAAAUCAUGGAAUGCUCUUUUAUCUGAAUCCUCUUUCAUAAAAUCUCACCUUCAUCGUUCAAUUCAAAACAACACCACCAAUGGAAUUCUCUUGCUCUUCUAUCGCUUAUUUUCUUUUGGCUCCAAAUCGUUCACAGCAUAUCCCUCUCAAUCUCCCCAUUCGGAACUCACUGAUUUCAUCAAACUCCCAAUUAAUCACCAAUCCGAAAAUAAUCGUGGCAAAGUCAUUGGAUCUGUUAAUGGCUUGAUAUGCUUUAAAUACGGAUCAAAUCAUGAUUUCGGAGUUAUUCAUGAUUCUGAAAUCAUUUACGGAUCAAAUCACGAUCCUGAAGUCGUUUGCAUCUGGAACCCUUCCCUCUCCGCAUUAUUAACUCUCCCACCAUAUUAUACACCCCCCUAUUCAAUCCAACAUUCUUUUCGGUUUGGAUUUGAUCCAAAAACAGAUGAUUACAAAGUUGUUAAGUUUACACGACCCAUGGAGAGACAAGGAAUCAUGAUUUCCGUUAAAGAUUGGCUGCCAAUUGAGGUUUAUAGCAUGAGAAAAGGUUCAUGGAAGUCAAUCACUCAAAGGCUUCCAUCGAAUCUCAGAGAUAUUUUUUCUUGUGAUACCCUUUGUGUAGAUGGACAUGAAGGGCAUCUUCAUUGGAUUACUGAAACUGAUGAUACGUGGAAUUCUGUACUUACUGUAUUCACAUUUGAUUUGAGUUCAGAGACAUUCUGGGAGAUGCCAUUUCCGAAAUACGUAAUAGAUUUAAUGGGUUAUCACAAUGCAAAUGAUGUAUGGGUUCAGUUAGGAGUUUUGGGUGGAAAGCUUUGUGUGAUGUCAAGGGCCCUACCGGAUUAUAAAUGGGAGGUGUGGGUGAUGGAUGAGUAUGGGGUGGGUGACUCAUGGGUGAAACAUUAUGUUUUUCCCCCAUUUAGUGGUUAUAAUAUAGUUGGAUGUGGAUUCACAUUACAGAAUGAGUUUUUUAUUAAAGUUAGAGGGCGUGGUUUUGCUUUGUAUGAUCCGGUUGAAGAGAAGACUAAAAUCUUCAAGAGUUAUGGUGAAAAUGUUAAUUGUGGAGGUAAGGUUGUUAAUUAUGUCGAUAGUCUUGUUUGGGUUACACCUGAGAGGAGCUGCUGCAGCAUCUCUCAGUUUAAAUAUUAAAUUUUUUUAUUUGAGUUCAUGUUUUUGAUUUUAGUGAAAGUGUGUAGAAGGUAGAUGACAGGAGGUAUAAUUGCUUUUAGAUUGGAUGCUAAAAUUUGUUUUCGGUGAAUUGGAAUUGAAUUUGAAGUUAGUUAAAACUCUAAAGUGUUAGUAACAUCUCUGUUUUUAUAAUUAAUGUUUUGAACUACAUAGCAUCUUAAGGAUAAAGUUUGUGGGAUUCGAACUUUGAAAUCCACUCUAGAAUUAAAUUUAGAAUGCUAAGUGAUGAUUGUGAUAUGUAUGUCUAAUAUAUUUUAGGUAGAAUGCAUAAAUUGA